AUGCCUUCCCGAAAACGCUCCAACCUAUCGUCGGCUUCUGCUCAAGCCAAACGAGUACGAUUGAGAAGAUUUACAGAAAAUCAACAGCAACGAGAAGAGCGUCUAGCACUGCAACGUUCUAGAAAUGCAACUUCUCGAUCUCAAGAGACUGCUGCUAACCGCGAAUCGCGCAUUGAUGCUAAUAGACGCCGUAACGACGCGUCAAGAUCUGCAGAAAGUGGUGUUCAACGUGAAAGUCGAUUGAGUGCUGACCGGUCUCGCAAAACUGAAGCACGAAUUGGGGAAACUCGGGGAGAACGUGAGUUUCGUUUAAGCUCUGAUCGUAGGCGCCACGAGUUUUCUCGAUCUGAAGAGACGAACUCUGAAAGAGGACAGCGUUUGUCUUCUGACCGCAUCCGCCACGAAACCUCACGUUCUAUAGAAACGCAUGAGGAAAGGGUGUCGCGUCUGUCUGCUGAUCGGACGCAACAUGAAAUCACGCGCUCUCUAGAAACGCAUGAGGAAAGGGUGUCGCGUUUGUCUGCUGACCGCACGCGCCACGAAAUCACGCGCACUCUAGAAACGCAUGAGGAAAGGGUGUCGCAAACGCAUGAGGAAAGAGUGUCGCGUUUGUCUGCUGACCGCACCCGCCACGAAAUCACGCGCACUCUAGAAACAAAUGAGGAAAGAGAGUCGCGUUUGUCUGCUGACCGCAUCCGCCACGAAAUCUCACGUUCUGUAGAAACGCAUGAGGAAACGGUGUCGCGUAUGUCUGCUGAUCGCACGCAACAUGAAAUCUCGCGUUCUGUAGAAACGCAUGAGGAAAGAGACUUGCGUUUAUCUGCUUCUCGAAUUCGUUACUGUGAUAGACAGGAAAUUAACGCUCAUCACCAGGAAGAAGAAAGGAGUCGUGUGCAAGAACUGCGACAAUCACAACACAUUGACAUCCGAAUGGUGCACUUAGAGGAAGACCGUAUGCGCCAUGUCGUUCUUAGGCUGCCUGUUCGCGAUGAUGAUGCUUCCAUGGUAUGCGAUUCGGAAGAUUUACAAUGGACAGAAAUAGAAAAAAGUGCAUUUUAUUAUAACCCGUUAAUAAAAUAUGCCGAUAAUACUAAUCUUGGCUCAAGGAACAAAAGAUGCGCGCAUUGCCGUGCCCUGAAGUGGGAUGGAGAACCCAAAGGAAUGUGUUGCUCAUCUGGCAAAGUUCAUUUAGAAAGGAUACAAGAACCACCAGAACCUUUGAAAGGAUUGUUGAAUGGAGAACAUCCGCAAUCGAAACACUUUUUAAGCAAUAUACGGGCCUAUAACAGUGCAUACCAGAUGACUUCAUUUGGAGCAAAUCAGAUCAUUGAGGGGGCAUUUAUGCCUACUUUCAAGAUACAGGGUCAAGUCUACCAUCUAAUCGGCUCUUUGUUACCGACCGAUGUUCCAAGGUUUCUGCAAAUAUACUUUGUAGAUAAUUACCAAGAGCAAGCAAAUAUUAGGCAGCAACAUAUCCCUAAUUUAGACUCGGGUUUGGUAAGCAGUCUACAAAAUAUGCUUCAUAAUGUGAACCCGUACGUCAACAGCUUUAAAGCGGCACUUGAAUCCGUCUCAGAUGACGAGUGCAGUAAUUACAAGUUUGUAAUUACUGCUGAUAAAAGGCCAAUUGGAUCACAUCCGGGUCGCUAUAAUGCACCAACCACAAAUGAAGUCGCUGUCCUGUUAGUCGACCAGGAUUGCGAUCGGAGGGACAUUGUGAUAUGCACUCAUGACGAUCGACUUCAAAGAAUCAGUGAGACUCAUCGCGCUUAUGAUUCGUUGCAGUAUCCUUUAAUGUUUUGUCGUGGUGAAGACGGAUACAAUUUUGGCGUAUAUAAUGUUGAUCCUCGCACGGGUGCUCCGAAUUUUAAUAAAAAAACUUCUGCAAUGCAGUUCUACAGUUUUUUAAUCCAAUUACGCGAGAAUGAACACAUCUUCUUACACCGGUUUCGGGGCCUUUUUAAUCAAUUUUUAGUGGAUGUAUAUGCAAAAAUUGAAACUGAACGAUUAGUAUUCAUACGCGCCAAUCAGAAGAAACUACGUGCGGAAAAUUACAUAGACCUAAGAGAUGCGUUACAACACGAUGCUGAUGCAGAAAACUUAGAAAAACUAUUCGGAGCGGUCCGCUGCUAUAUGUUUUCAAUCGAAUGGCAAAAGCGUGGGUUGCCUCAUUCGCACAACCUUUUAUGGCUCGAAGAGAAGAUUAGGCCGAACGAAAUUGAUCGAGUUAUUAGUGCGGAAAUCCCGAACCCAGACACCGAUCCCAUUCUACACAACAUUGUCAAAACCAACAUGAUUCAUGGCCCAUGUGGCUCAUUCAAUACAAACUCACCUUGCAUGAAGGAAGGCCUUUGUACGAAGAGGUUUCCGAAAAAGUUCGUAAACGAAACUGUUACUGGUGAAAAUGGAUACCCAUCUUACCGCCGCCGAGCACCUCAAAAUGGCGGUUUCACUGCCGAAGUAAAUAUGCGCGGACAAUACGUUUCAGUUGACAAUCGGUGGGUAGUGCCUUAUUCGCCAGUACUUUCUCGAGCAUUUGAAACUCAUCUGAAUGUAGAAUACUGCGCUAGCGUGGAAUCGAUAAAGUAUAUCUGCAAGUACGUAAAUAAGGGAAGCGACCAAGCGACAUUUGGUUUACAGAGCAGUGAUCGUGACGAGGUGACCAAAUAUCAAUCAGGUCGCUAUAUAAGUACUUCGGAAGCAGUGUGGCGAAUACUUGGCUUUUCCAUCCACGAACGACAUCCUCCUGUAAUGCAUUUAGAUGUCCAUUUGGAAAACGGGCAGCGGGUGUAUUUUAAUCCUGAAAAUGUAAGGGAACGUCUAGAAAAUCCUCCCUCUACCACACUCUUGGCGUAUUUCAAUCUGUGUCAACAAGAUAGUUUUGCACAAACGCUCCUGUACAAUGAAAUACCGUCCUACUACACAUACAAUAAACAAAGAGGAGUAUUUAAUAGACGCCGACGCGGUCAGCCUGUGGAGGGGUUUCCAGAUGUCCAUCGCGAGAACGCAAUAGGACGAGUGUAUACGGUGCAUCCAAGUAAUAGUGAGUGCUAUUACUUGCGGCUUUUGUUGCACACAGUCAGGGGAGCCACUUCAUAUAAAUAUUUGAAGACUGUCAAUGGCGUUGAACAUUCUACCUUUCACGGAGCUUGCUGUGCACUGUGUCUGCUAGAUGACGACCGAAAUUGGUUUGAAACUCUUGAAGAGGCCGUUGUCAGUGAAACUCCCAGUCGACUGCGGCAUUUGUUUGCAGUUAUGAUAGUGUUCUGCGGACUUUCCCAUCCUGUACAGCUAUGGGAGAAAUAUCAGCGGCAUCUGUUAGAAGACUUUCUCUUCGCGGCUAGGCGAGCUGAUGGAGAUAGUAUUGCAGGUUCUGAUGAGCGUGUUAUUAAUCGUUGUCUUUCGUCGCUUCAAGACAUUGUUAUUUCAAUAAGUGGCAAUCCUUUGAGUCAUUACGGUCUUCCAGAGCCGCAGGAAACCACGGAAGCUCAGCGAGUUAGUAGAGAGUAUGCAGCGGAGACAAAUUACAGUUAUUCUGCGAUGACCGAAAUUGUAAACAAUAAUUCUGGGACCCUUACCGAUGAACAAAAGUCUGUAUAUAACAAAAUAUUAACAAGUGUCAAUAAACAGGAUGGCGAAACAUUUUUUUUGGACGCCCCUGGUGGUACAGGCAAAACCUUUUUGACUCGACUACUACUAGCUGAAGUGAGACGACAAGGGAAGAUAGCACUAGCUGUCGCCUCAUCGGGUAUUGCUGCCACUUUACUCCCUGGAGGCAAAACUGCCCACACUAUGUUUAAGAUACCCUUGAACCUCGAUAUAAAUGAAACCCCAGUUUGUGCCGUAUCGCGAAAUAGUGAAAAGGCGAAGAUUCUUGCAGAGUGCAGCCUAAUCGUUUGGGAUGAGUGUACGAUGGCGCACAAGAAGGCCGUGGAAGCAGUCAAUCGCACUCUCCAAGACAUCCGACGAAACAAUCACAUCAUGGGAAGAAUAACUGUUUUGUUUUGUGGGGAUUUCCGUCAGACUCUACCCGUUAUAACCCGCGGAACCAGAGCUGAUGAGGUGAACGCAUGCCUCAAAUGCUCCGUACUCUGGCCACGGGUGCAGAAAUUGAGUCUGACGCGCAACAUGAGAGCACACUUAGGCGGCAACCCCCGUGCGCAAGAAUUUUCAGAUGCUUUGCUAAAAAUCGGCGAAGGUUCAUUUCCCGAAUCGAAUGGAUUAGUAACCCUACCAGAGAAUCUUUGUAAGAUUGUACCUUCGGUGGAGGAACUAAUUUAUUCAGUUUAUGGAGAUGUAUCUCAAAUAACGCAUAAGGACAACAAUUCUUGGCUUUGCGAGCGAGCAAUACUUACGCCCAAAAAUGACCAAGCAGCUGCCAUAAAUCACAGCAUUUUGGAAAAAGUUGCAGGAGACGAGGUGAUAUACCGGUCAAUAAACAUAGUUUUGGACCGAACCGAUGCUACCACUUAUCCAGUAGAGUUUCUUAAUUCUCUUUCUGCCCCCGGACUCCCUGCGCAUAACAUCGUCCUGAAAGUGGGUAUUCCGAUUAUGUUGCUUCGGAACUUAACCCCUCCAAAGUUAUGCAAUGGAACCCGCCUUAAAGUGAUGUCGCUUCGAAAUAAUAUUAUAGAAGCAGAAAUUCUUACGGGCUGUGGAGCUGGUGAAGUAGUUUUCAUACCACGCAUACCCCUAAUUCCAAACAAUUUCCCAUUCCAAUUUAAACGUGUGCAGUUUCCCGUGAGCGUAUGUUUCGCUAUGACCAUCAACAAGUCGCAAGGUCAGACACUUCGAGCCGCCGGUGUCGAUCUCAGAACGAACUGUUUCUCACACGGACAACUAUAUGUUGCUUGCUCACGCGUAACUAGCUCGGACAAUUUGUUUAUAAUGGCUAAUAUGGGUAGAACAUCAAAUGUUGUAUAUAAAGAAAUUCUUUAG